UACCGCCACCUGCUGGUCACACGCGGUCACCUCGCUCCCCCCUGCGUGCAUUAGCGCUGUUGAAGAUGGCGACUCGAGUCCUUCAGAGAGUCAGCAGAGGCUUGGAUCGGGCUAACAGCAGGGCCCCUUGGCCAGGACACGGCGCCGCUUUGAGCAGGGGAUUUGUGGUAUCCAGCAGCAGAAACAGAGAGGACAGCUGGUUUAAGUCUGUAUUUGUGAGGAAAGUCGACCCCAGGAAAGAUGCACACUCUAACUUGCUGACCAAAAACGAGGAAAGCAACCUGUACAAAAUUCAGUUUCAUAAUGUCAAGCCGGAGUGCCUGGAUUCAUACAACAAACUGUGUGAGGAUGUUUUACCAAGCAUCCAUGCUGAUAAGUACUACCCCUGUGAGCUGGUGGGAACCUGGAAUACCUGGUAUGGAGAGCAAGACCAGGCUGUUCAUUUGUGGCGGUAUAGAGGCGGCUACCCAGCUCUCACUGAGGUGAUGAACAAACUCAGGCAGAACAAGGAGUUCAUGGAGUACAGGAAUGAGCGGGGUAAGAUGCUGCUGUCGCGCAGGAACCAGCUGCUUUUGGAGUUCAGCUUCUGGAACGAGCCGGUUCCCAGAGAGGGACCGAACAUCUACGAGCUCAGGUCCUACCAGCUCAGGCCAGGAACGAUGAUCGAGUGGGGUAAUUACUGGGCGAGGGCCAUUGGCUACCGUCAGCACAACAGAGAAGCUGUGGGAGGAUUUUUCUCACAGAUCGGCAACCUCUACAUGGUGCAUCACCUCUGGGCUUACAAAGACCUCCAGUCCCGAGAAGACACAAGGAAUGCUGCCUGGCAGCAUGACGGCUGGGACGAAGUGGUGUACUACACAGUUCCUCUUAUUCAGCAUAUGGAUUCCAGAAUCAUGAUCCCGAUGAAGGCUUCCCCGCUGCAGUGAAGUGAGAAGCCAAGUGGAAGCUGAAAUCAAAUGGCACCCGUUCAAAUAUUACGUCCAUCCAAAACACCACUGCCAUGGUUUCAACCUCCGCUGCGUUGCCAACCAAAACUCCGUCUCUUAUUUUUUUAUUUUUACUUAAUUACUCCAAACCCUACCACUAAGAAAUAGAGCAAAGACACACAGCCCGCCAUGUUUCUAUCAUUCUGAUAAGGAAAAGGAACUAAUUACCUGUGACAACGCACAAACCUUUUCUUGGUCUGGGGUAAGAUGAUCAGAUUUGGCCGAUUCAGACCUCCUGACAGUCGUUUGGUAAAGACCUUAUGUCCAACAUGCUGUGCCACAUUAUGAAUGGUCAAGCGCUCAGCUCUAAUUUUAGAAGCUACCAAAGUGUCACUUAGAAAGAAGAGCCACUGUUUGGUGUAUAAAUGCAUUUGGAGAGCAAUGAAAGAUAUGACAUAUAUAGUACUACUUAAGCUCACUGUACAAUGCAGGGGCUGUUUAUUUAUUUAAUGUAAAUAUAGAUUAAAUUUAUUACAUCAUCUAUCAUAGUGUACUCCUAAUUGGCACUUUCUGUAAGAUUUGAUGAAAGCAGUGCCCUUGCUUUAAUCAAGUGUGUGAGAGAAGCCUCAAUAUAUCCUCUUGAUGAAAUACUGUAUGUGUAAGGUUGACAGUGUUUGUCACAGCACGGUGCUGAAGAUGAUUAAGUAUGACGUGUUGUCAAAUCAAAGCCUCAAAAUUGCAUUGAGGUCUAUUAUAAAACCAAACAUAUAUAUUUUUUUCUUUUUUCUUUGCCAAGUACCAAUAUCUGUUGCAUUUGUGCACAUUCUUAUUUAGGUGUCCCUGUUAUGAUAUGCAAUAAGCUUGAUGUUUUAUGGUGCUGUGUUAGUGACUAUGGCUUUUAUUUUCCUGUGAAGACUGCAUGCCUGGUUUUUAGGAACAGUUUUUAAAUCUAACAUGCUUUAGUGUGGCGUAUCAAUCAGCUACACUAAAGUGUGUUAGCAGUGUCAUCUGUCAAUGAUUGAGUGAAGCUGUAAGUGGGUACUUAUGCUCCUGCCUGUUGUAUUUCCAGAGUUUUCACUGUUAAAACCAGUGUUUAUUGUUUUCCUCCCCGUUUUUCUCAAUUUGUGGGGAACAAUGCACAGGGAACAGCAAGAAUGCCAUGACAAAUUAAAGGAGUUCAAAGUA